CAAGCAACUGAGCAUUUGGUAGGCUACAGUAAUAUUCAGAGGGAGGGACCAGCAUAACACUUGUGCCGACGCAAUUGUCCCCCCGCACCCACUUUUGUCACAACGCGACAUGCUAGGUUAUAGGAAUGGUUGUGACUAUGAAUGUGGCGGGAAAUUGUGCGCACGCCGCGCGCCAGGCCCGUGUGUGCGGCCCUUGUUGUCGGCCGUGCAACACCAAGUCUCGCCCGGUGUCGCCCGGUUGUUGCCGGUCAGCAGCACUCUGUCAUACCAACACGAAUUGACAUUUGGGCUGGGCCAGGGGCGUCGCACAGCAUCACGAACCAUCGCGUGCGCUGCCGCCACAACACCCGCCCCGGCCUCUCCCAGCCCCGCCCCUCAGCAAUCCUCACUCUCUCACAACGUCAGCGAGCACGACGAAUCCAGCAAUGCUGACAAGGAUGGCGAUGAGGACCUGCUACCUGUGACGGUGCUGAGCGGCUUCUUGGGCGCGGGCAAAACCACGCUGCUGAGCCACAUUUUAUCCAACACGGAGGGCCUGCGGGUGGCUGUGCUGGUCAACGAUAUGGCCGCGGUCAACAUCGAUGAGGCGCUGAUAGCGGAGAAGGUGCACGUAGCUGGCGAGCAGUUGGUGGCGCUGUCCAACGGUUGCAUCUGCUGCUCCAUCCGCGAGGACCUGGUGCGGGAGAUCCGGAAGCUGGCGGAGGCGGAGGCGGAAGCCGACGUGGAGGAGCUUGGAGAGAAUGACAGCAAUGGCAGUAGCAGCAGCAGCAGGAGUAGCAGUAGCAGUAGCAAGGAGGGCGGCGGGAAAAAGGCGCACAAGCGGCGGCGGCGAUUUGACCUGCUGGUGGUGGAGAGCACGGGCAUCUCGGUGCCGCUGCCGGUGGCCGCCACGUUUGAGUUUGCGGACGAGCAGGGCGCCAGUCUGGGGCAGGUGGCCCGGCUGGACACACUGGUCACCGUGGUGGACUCGGAGCGGUUCGUCUCCUCCGUGCUGGCGGCCGAGUCGCUGGCGGAGCGGGGGCUGGCGGCGGACGAACACGACGACCGCACCGUGGCGGACCUGCUGGUGGAGCAGGUGGAGUUUGCCGACGUGCUGGUCCUGAACAAGACCGACCUGGUCACGCCGCACCAGGCCGACCAGCUGGAGGCGCUGCUGCGGCGGCUCAACACCAGCGCCAAGAUCCUGCGCACCAGCCGGGGUCGCAUCGCCGCCAGCGAGGUGCUCAACACGCGCCGCUUCGACCUGGGCACUGCGCAGCAGUCCGCGGGCUGGGUGGCGCUUCUGAAUGAGCACGAGGCGGAGCGACUGGCCGCCGCGGAGGCCGCAGCCGCCGCCUCCACCUCCUCCUCCUGCUCCUCGGGCGAAGAGGCCGGGGCGACGCAUGCCAGCACCUCCGGCCACCACGACCACCACCAUCACCACCAUCACCACCACCACGACAACGACCACCAUGGCCACGACCAUGAUCAUCACCACCACGGCAGCGGUAGCGGUAGCACCCGCAUGACUGAGGCUGAGAAGUACGGCAUUCGCUCCUUCGUGUACUUCGCCCGGCGGCCCUUCCACCCGCAGCGGCUGCUGGACAGCGCGCUCAGCCGCAGCUGGGAGGGCGUGCUGCGGACCAAGGGUUUCUUCUGGCUGGCCACGCGGCACGACGUGAUGGGCAUCUGGCAGAGCGCGGGCGGAGCAUGGCAGAGCGAGCCCGGCGCUCGCUGGGCCUGCCUUCUCCAAGACGACGACCCCACCGCCGCCGCCGCCUCGCCUGAGCAGCAAGACACGUCAGGCUGGGACCCGGUGUGGGGCGACCGCUGCCAGCAGCUGGUUUGGAUCGGUGUGGAUCCAAUGGACGAGACGGCGUUGAGGGCCAUGCUGGACGGAUGCCUGUUGACGGAUGAGGAGAUGGCGCUGGGGCCGGAGCGCUGGGCGGAAGAGCUUGAGGACCCGCUGCCGCCGUGGGCGGUGGAGGGCGAGGAGGAUGAGGGGGAGUGGGAGGAGAUGGAGGAGGGCGAGGCGGGGGAGAUGGAGGACAUGGAGGAAGGGCAGCAGCAGGAGGAGGUGCUGGCGAGUGGAAAGCCGGGCAAGGGCCGGUCGUAGGGCGUUGGGCGGCAAGGCAGGUUUACGGGCCUUCAUGCGGUGUCUCAUCCCGUCGUGACAGCGACAGGGGGGCAUGGUGUGUGGUAGAGACAGGGGAACACCUCGCCUUAUUGCAGCCGCCAUAGAGCGGCGCCGGCCUUACAGGCUGUUACAUCCCGACCGUUUACGUCAAUCGGUUCAGGAGAGAAUCAGGCUCAUAAGAGGCGGGUGUAACUACGCAACCCA